AUGUUGAGCUGGGUCCAGAGGGUGCUGCCUCAGCCCCCAGGGACUCCUCAGAAGACCAAGCAAGAGGAGGAGGGGACAGAACCAGAGCCAGAGUUGGAGCCGAAGCCUGAAACAGCCCCCGAGGAGACUGAGAUAGAGGAAGUGUCCCUGCCACCGGAGGAGCCCUGCGUGGGGAAGGAAGUGGCUGCGGCUACUCUGGGUCCUCAGGGAACCCAGGAGACUGCUCUCCCUCCGCCCACAUCCCUCCAGGCCCAGGUCUCUGUGGCUCCCGAAGCUCACAGCGGUCCCAGAGGCUGGAUGCUGACCUGGCUCAGGAAGGGUGUGGAGAAAGUUGUCCCGCAGCCUGCCCACAGCAGCAGGCCCUCCCAGAACAUUGCUGCAGGCCUGGAGAGUCCAGAUCAGCAGGCAGGAGCACAGGUCCUUGGGCAGUGCGGCACUGGGGGCUCAGAUGAACCCAGUGGACCCUCCAGGGCUGAAGACCCAGGGCCCGGGCCCUGGCUGCUCCGGUGGUUCGAGCAGAAUCUGGAGAAAAUGCUGCCUCAGCCCCCGCAAAUCUCUGAGGGCUGGGGCGAUGAGCCUACAGAUGCUGCCUUAGGUCCAGAGCCCCCAGGACCCGCCCUGGAGAUCAAGCCCAUGCCGCAGGCCCAGGAGAGCCCCUCCCUGCCGGCUCCUGGCCCCCUAGAACCUGAGGAGGAACCGACCCCAGAGCCCCAGCCCAGUAUUCAAACCUCCUCCCUGCCGCCCCCACAGGACUCUGCCAGGUUGAUGGCAUGGAUCCUGCACAGGCUGGAGAUGGCCCUGCCACAGCCAGUGAUCCGUGGGAAGGGUGGGGAGCAGGAGUCUGACGCCUCAGUGACAUGUGAUGUGCAGACCAUCAGCAUCCUCCCUGGAGAGCAAGAGGAGUUGGAUCUCAUCCUAGAAGAGGUUGACCCUCACUGGGAGGAGGAUGAACACCAGGCGGGCAGCACCAGCAUCGGCCCGCGGAUCUCGGAGGCAGCUCCAGCUGAUGAAGAGAAGGACGAGGUGGUGGAGCAGAUGCCCAGGGAGCUGCCUCGGAUUCAAGAGGAGAAAGAAGAUGAAGAGGAGGAGAAGGAAGACGGAGAAGAGGAAGAAGAGGAAGGCAGAGAGAAAGAGGAGGAAGAAGGCAGAGAGAAAGAGGAAGAAGAAGGUGGAGGGAAAGAGGAGGAAGAAGGUGGAGGGAAAGAGGAGGAAGAAGGUGGAGGGAAAGAGGAGGUGGAAGGCGGAGAGGAGGAGGAAGACGAAGAGGAGGUGCAUGAUCACAGUGUCCUGCUGGAUAGUUACCUGGUGGCACAGAGUGAGGAGGACCAGAGCGAAGAAAGUGAAACCCAGGACCAGAGUGAAGUGGGCAGAGCCCAGGACCAGAGUGAAGUGGGUGGAGCCCAGGACCAGAGUGAAGUGGGUGGAGCCCAGGAGCAGGACGGAGUAGGCGGAGCCCAGGACCACAGCACCUCACACCAGGAGCUGCAAGAAGAGGCCUUGGCCGACAGCUCAGGAGUACCUGCCACGGAAGAGCACCCCGAAGUGCAGGUGGAAGACGCUGAUGCUGACAGUCGGCCCCUCAUCGUGGAGGAGAACCCACCCUCUCCUGUGCAGCUGCCCCCAUCUCCUGCCAAAUCCGACACUCUUGCGGUCCCAGGAUCAGCCACAGGGAGCCUCAGGAAGAGGCUGCCUUCCCAAGAUGAUGAGGCUGAAGAGCUCAAGCUGCUGUCACCGGCUGCAUCCCCCGUGGUUGCUUGGUCGGACCCCACCAGCCCACAGGGCACUGAUGACCAGGACCGUGCAACCUCCACAGCCAGCCAGAACAGUGCCAUCAUCAACGACCGGCUCCAGGAGCUAGUGAAGCUCUUCAAGGAGCGGACGGAGAAGGUGAAGGAGAAGCUCAUCGACCCUGAUGUCACCUCCGAUGAGGAGAGCCCCAAGCCCUCCCCAGCCAAAAAAGCCCCAGAGCCGGCCCCGGAAGUGAAGCCAGCUGAAGCGGGGCAGGUGGAAGAGGAACACUACUGUGAGAUGCUCUGCUGCAAGUUCAAACGCCGCCCCUGGAAGAAGUACCAGUUUCCCCAGAGCAUUGACCCGCUGACUAACCUGAUGUACAUCUUGUGGCUGUUCUUCGUGGUGCUGGCCUGGAACUGGAACUGCUGGCUGAUUCCCGUGCGCUGGGCCUUCCCCUAUCAGACGCCAGACAACAUCCACCUCUGGCUGCUGAUGGAUUACCUGUGCGACCUCAUCUACCUCCUGGACAUCACCGUGUUCCAGAUGCGCCUGCAGUUUGUCAGAGGCGGGGACAUCAUUACGGACAAAAAGGAGAUGCGCAACAAUUACCUGAAAUCUCAGCGCUUUAAGAUGGACAUGCUCUGCCUCUUGCCGUUGGACUUACUCUACUUGAAAUUCGGUGUGAAUCCCCUCCUGCGCUUGCCCCGCUGUUUGAAGUAUAUGGCCUUCUUUGAGUUUAACAACCGCUUGGAAUCCAUCCUCAGCAAAGCCUACGUUUACAGGGUUAUCCGGACCACAGCCUACCUGCUCUACAGCUUACAUCUGAACUCAUGUCUGUAUUACUGGGCGUCGGCCUAUGAGGGCCUCGGCUCCACUCACUGGGUUUACGAUGGCGUGGGAAACAGUUACAUUCGCUGUUACUACUGGGCUGUGAAGACCCUCAUCACCAUCGGCGGCCUGCCUGACCCCAGGACGCUCUUUGAAAUUGUCUUCCAAGGUCUAAACUAUUUCACAGGUGUCUUCGCUUUCUCCGUGAUGAUUGGACAGAUGAGAGACGUAGUGGGGGCCGCCACCGCGGGACAGACCUACUACCGCAGCUGCAUGGACAGCACCGUGAAAUACAUGAACUUCUACAAGAUCCCCAGGUCUGUGCAGAACCGGGUCAAGACCUGGUACGAAUACACCUGGCACUCCCAAGGCAUGCUGGAUGAGUCAGAGCUGAUGGUGCAGCUUCCGGACAAGAUGCGGCUGGACCUUGCCAUCGACGUGAACUAUUCCAUCGUCAGCAAAGUGGCACUCUUCCAGGGCUGUGACCGGCAGAUGAUCUUUGACAUGCUGAAGAGGCUGCGCUCUGUCGUCUACCUGCCCAACGACUACGUGUGCAAGAAGGGGGAGAUAGGCCGGGAAAUGUACAUCAUCCAGGCGGGGCAGGUGCAGGUCUUGGGUGGUCCGGAUGGGAAAUCGGUGCUGGUGACGCUGAAGGCUGGAUCUGUGUUCGGAGAAAUAAGCUUGCUGGCUGUUGGGGGCGGGAACCGGCGCACAGCUAACGUGGUGGCCCAUGGGUUUACCAACCUCUUCAUUCUGGAUAAGAAGGACCUGAAUGAAAUUCUGGUGCAUUAUCCUGAGUCUCAGAAGUUGCUCCGCAAGAAGGCCAGGCGAAUGCUGAGAAAUAACAACAAGCCCAAGGAGAAGAGUGUGCUUAUUCUCCCUCCGCGGGCAGGCACCCCCAAGCUCUUCAAUGCCGCCCUGGCUGCAGCAGGAAAGAUGGGUGCCAAGGGAGGCAAAGGUGGCAAGCUUGCCCUCCUCAGGGCCCGACUCAAGGAGCUGGCCGCGCUGGAGGCAGCCGCCAGACAGCAGCAGUUGCUGGAACAGGCCAAGAGCUCAGAAGACGCUGCCGUGGGACAGGCGGGAUCGGCUGCUCCAGAACAGGCCCCAGCUCCAGAGCCGAUGGCCCCAGAGGCCCCCGCCCCAGAGCCGCCGGCCCCAGAAGCCCCGGCCCCAGAGCCCCCCGCCCCAGAGGCUCCGGCCCCACUGUCUCCACCACCUGCCUCCCAGGAGAGGCCGGAGGAAGAUGAGGAGGCUGCGCUGCGGCCAGAGGAGCGGAUCCACGUGACCCCGGGCCCGGAUCCCAGCGAACAGUUCCUGUCGGUGGAGGUCCCUGAGAAGCAGGAGAAGAAAAAGGAGGAAGGGGAGGAGGCGAGGAAGGAGAAGGAGGAGGAGAGAGGCGGCAGUUAG